CAUAGAGAAGGAAUAGUUCGCUUGGAGCAAUGUGGUUUACGAUAAUUUGUUUGAUUCUAUUAUUUGAAGGCAGGCUUGUGACGGUCACCGGACAGUGCUUCUACUCGCUGGACAUGAAAUUCGGUUCAGAUUACUAUUUUACUUCGCCAGGAUAUCCGCUGCUUUAUUCACCGAACAUUGUGUGUUCUUUUCGAGUGAAUGCGCCCUUCGGAUAUAGAAUCAAUUUCACAUGCGAAGACUUUCAGAUUCCUCGAAGUACCAACUGUAAGAUGGACUCCUUUUCGAUAUCGCUGGCAGGACGAGAAGAUUUGCAAGAUGCAUUCACCUACUGUGGAGCUGGAGUGAUUCAACAUAAAUCAAUUGCUGAACAGCUCUAUGUACAGCUGCGAUCAGUUCCAAGUAGUCGAGGUGGAAAAUUUCUUUGCAAAAUGUCGAUUAUGCCUCAAAACUGUUCAUGUGGCAAGAAAAAAACCAUGAGAAUUGUAAAUGGUGUUCAAACAAUGGUGAACGAGUUUCCAAUGAUGGCUGCGUUGAUCGAUGUCAAAACAAGAACUGUCAUGUGUGGUGCUGUAAUAAUUUCAGAUUUUCACGCUCUUACAGCAGCUCACUGUUUGGUACAUCGUACUGUUGACGACACGGUUCUGCUGCUUGGCGAUCAUAACCUGACCACGGGGGCGGACACAAUAUAUGCUCAACCGUACGUUCUGGCACAAGUUCUGACACAUCCUGGAUUCACUAUGAACCCUGUAUCCAACGAUAUAGCUAUGCUCCGAACACUUCAACAGGUACAGUACAAUGCCGGUGUUGGUCCAGUUUGUCUACCGUGGAAAUUCCGUGGUAACAACUUCGACGGUUCUGUGGUGGUGGCAUGUGGCUGGGGAGAUCUGGAUUUCGGUGGACCACAAGCUACAGCACUCAACAAGGUCGCCCUGAAUGUUAUCGGCAAUAAAGUUUGCUCAUCACGGUUGAAUACCACCAUUUCGAAUCAGAAGAUGUGCACCUAUAACCCAAUGAAGGACACGUGCCAAUCUGACUCCGGAGGGCCACUGUUCUACAUUGAGCCAGGACGCGGGUUGGUUUACGAGAUUGGCAUCGUAAGCUACGGGUUUGCUUGUGCUACAGCAAAUCCCAGUGUUAACACCAGGGUCACCGAGUAUUUGGACUGGAUUAUGGUCAACAGUCCCGACACGUUCUACUGCUUUCAGUGAUGAGGAUUGCUGUUCACAAUUGACGAUUUGGGUUCGUUCGAGAUUUGGCGUAUAUGGUUCACCAAUGGUGUGUGUGUGAUCAAUCAUUAUAUGUGCUUCGGGUGAAAUCGAGGUAUAUUUGUAGCGAAAUAAUUUGAAUUCUUGU